GUUCUUCACUUCUCCCCACAAAAUCCGCCAUUAAAUCCGAUCAAAAAAACACAAUGUCGACAGAGAAGCCAAUGGAAGUGGUGAGGAACCUCGACGUCCCGCGGUACAUGGGCCGGUGGUACGAGAUCGCAUCUUUCCCCGCCCUGUUCCAGCCGAAGAAGGGGGAGAACACGAGGGCGACCUACACGCUGAAGGAGGACGGCGCCACCGUCGGCGUCUUGAACGAGACGUGGAGCGACGGGAAGCGGAGCUUCAUCGAAGGGAUCGCGUACAAGGCCGACCCGGAGAGCGACGAGGCAAAAUUGAAGGUGAAAUUCAAGGUCCCGCCAAUCCUGCCGGUGUUUCCGGUCACCGGGGACUACUGGGUUCUCUACAUCGAUCCAGAGUACCAGCACGCCCUGAUCGGCCAGCCCAGCCGCAAGUAUCUCUGGAUACUGUGCAGGAGCCCUCGUAUGGACCAGGAGGUGUUCGAUGGUCUGGUGGAGAAGGCGAAGGCGCAAGGGUACGAUGUCAGUAAGCUUCAUAAGACUCCUCAGUCUGAUACUCCUCCGGAGGCAGAACAGGGAGCUCAGGAUAAGAAGGGUGUUUGGUGGAUCAAAUCCCUCUUAGGCAAAUAGAUUACCUUGCGAUAUAGGAUUUUCUGGAAUCCCUGCUUUUGUCUGAAAUAGUGAAUUUUCGAUUUCCUCAUUAGUAUGUGUGUAAAGGAAAAAAGCCAUGUACGCUCUGCUUCUUCUGAUCGAGUGUUUGUGUUCCCCUUUCUUGCAAUUUCAACGACAUCUAUAGUAUAGAAGGUCAUGUCACAUGUGCCAGUGCUUGGUUGUGGGAUUGGGGAAUAAUUCGUUCUUGCAAGGAUAAGCUCCGGUCUGGUGCAAAAUCGAAUUGCACCCCGGUAGACCUGAUAGAAGUAAGGAAAUGUGAGAAUCCAAUAUGAUCAAACAUAGAUACGGCCAAGCUGAUCCCUCUUCACUAGAUGCAGAGCAGGUUCCGGAAGACAAUAAGGGACUUUGGGUGGAAUGGGAUGAAAUCACUCGCAGGGGAAAUAGCUGCGCAAGAACUUUGCUAAUAUGGUGUCUCUAUGCCAUAGCAUUGUUUAAGUUUGUGCCUUUGCCUGAAAUGGCAAAACUACUCGUGUUGGUACUUGUGUGAAAAAAAGCCAUGCAUGUUCUGCUUCUUCUCCUGAAGGACUAUGUCCAUAAGUUUCAUUUCCAACCUGUACGUGUGCACCGGGCCGUGCCGUUCACGGCCUAACACGACAUGAGUACGGGUACGAAAUAAAUGGGUCAACCCGGCACGAGCACGAAUAAUUUAUGGGCCGUUUCGAGCCUAAACUUCAUGGGCACAAACACGGGCAUGGUAUAUAAGUGGGUGGUGUCGGGCCUAAUAUUUUCGAGACUUUAUUAAGUAUAAGAACGGACAUGGUACGAAAAUAAUAUUUAUUUGAUAGAAAAUAAAUAUAAAAAUAAUUAUAGGUUCAAAUAUUACAAAACACGAGUAAAAAAAUAAUUAUUUGUUGUUGUUAGAAGUGUCAUAAAGAUAUAUACGUAAUUACUAACACAAGUAAAAAAGGGCAACGAAUUAAACAACACCAGAUCACACUCGCUAAACUUUCAAUUUUCUUUUCCCGCUUAUUUGUUACUUUUCUCAAACAUUAUCGGUUAAUACUAUCUUCCCCCUCCAAUUUUCACCUUCUUCUUCAUUCUCUCUCUUGUUUUCGUCCUUUUCAUUAAACACGAAUACGAACAUGGCACGAGCACGAAUAGGCUCGGCGCGAUUCGAACCGAGCUCGGGCCGGGCCUAGCAAAGUUAACAAAUGAGCUUGCAUGGCACGACACGAAAACUGACGGGCCGUGCCAAGCACGACACGAAACAUAUGGGUCCAAAACGUGCCCGUACCGUGCCGGCCCAAGUACGGCCCAACGCCCAUGUACAUUCCAGCCAUGGCUAUUGUACUUCGUAAAUGGUCUCUUCACUUGUACCGGGUCGGUUCCUAACUUCAUAUCAGAGUGCACCGGACCAGUUGAUUUUGGACCGCAUUACACCAAAUCGAAUAUAAAAUGAUUUGUUUUUUGGUCUCUGUCAACUUUAUGAAUGUAAAAUACUAAAAUAAAACGAUCAAAAUUCGAAUAUAAAAUGAUAUGUUUUUUUGGUCUCUGACAACUUUAUGAAUGUAAAAUACUAAAAUAAAACGAUCAAAAUUGACAUUCAGACUGGACCAAAAUGGACCAAAUGUACAAAUGGUCCAGUCAUUGGUACUAAGAUGCUUUUUUAGCUAUUGAUCGUGUUCCUCGUAAGUUUGGUCUGGCCCGGAUUGGACCGUUGCACACCUCUAAUAGAAGCUGGUCUAUAGCUACGUGCUAACAAGUAACUAAUCUCUUAGUCUCUUAUUCAGGAUUUUAUAACCGUAUCAGAGGCUAUACAGCAAAAGUAGGGGUGUUCAAAUGGUCACUGUGGUAAUAAUCAAACCAAUUUAACUUAAAUUUCAUUAACCAUGGAAUAAAAUGUCUUAACCAAA